UACACGGAAGUCAUUCAGGAUUUUACAUGCUUGAGAUUUUUCUUCGUCCCGCUGUCUUCGGCGGUGGAGUUUAGAUUUUAUAGUGGGUUAGAGGGUGAUGGCAGCCGGUGGUGGGUGGGUGUGUGCGUGGGGACACUGGCGGGGGGAUGUUGUCCUCUGAGUCUGUGUCCGGUGCGGGUCAGUGGACGCCAGGACCUGAAGCUGCUGUUUUGACAGCUGCCUCCACUACCUGAGAGUCCACACAAGGAGCUGCUCUGCUCUAACACACACUGCACAGGGGUUAAAGAGGGCGGACUGUAGGUAAAGAGCAUUUUAAAGACUGUGGAGGUGUUUUCUAGACGUGUCUGUGGUCGGACAGGAGGACAGGCCCUCCAGUGGUCAUGGCUUCCCGGCUGAAGUACCUCUCUCUGGGGGUGCUGGUGUUCCAGACCACCUCCCUGGUGCUCACCAUGCGGUACUCCCGCACCCUGCAGGCCGAGGGCCCGCGGUACCUGGCCUCCUCUGCGGUGGUGGUGGCAGAGGUCAUGAAGAUCCUCACCUGUGUCCUGCUGGUCUUCAAGGAGCACAGUUACAGCAUGCGAGCUCUGAACAGUGUCCUUCGUCAGGAAAUUGCUCACAAACCAAUAGAAACACUAAAGCUGGCGAUCCCCUCUGGCAUCUACACACUGCAGAACAACCUGCUGUAUGUCGCUCUGUCCAACCUGGACGCAGCCACCUACCAGGUGACGUACCAGCUGAAGAUCCUGACCACAGCACUGUUCUCCGUGUCCAUGCUGGGCCGCAGGCUGGGGGUCUACCAGUGGCUCUCACUGCUGAUCCUUAUGGCUGGAGUGGCUCUUGUGCAGUGGCCCUCUGAAUCUGCCUCGGCCCCGGAGAAGGAGGCCCUGUCCGCCGGCUCCCAGUUCGUUGGUGUGAUGGCCGUUCUGGUGGCGUGCUGCUCUAGCGGUUUUGCUGGUGUUUACUUUGAGAAGAUCCUGAAGGAGAGCAAACAGAGCGUCUGGGUCCGCAACAUCCAGUUAGGGAUGUUUGGGUUUGUGUUUGGCCUUUUUGGGAUGCUGGCCUAUGAUGGAGAAAGGGUGAGGGAGUCUGGAAUGUUCCAGGGAUACAACACAAUCACCUGGACCGUCGUAGCCCUGCAGGCACUGGGUGGUCUGGUCAUAGCAGCGGUUAUCAAGUAUGCAGACAACAUCCUCAAGGGCUUCGCUACAUCGCUGUCCAUCAUCCUGUCCACUCUUAUAUCGUACUUCUGGCUGCAGGACUUCGACCCCACCGGCGUCUUCUUCCUGGGAGCUAUUUUAGUCAUCGCGGCCACUUUCCUGUACGGCUACGAAGGCAAGCCGUCCCCUAACCCCAGCAGGGCGUAGGACCCUCACGGCCGACACUACAGCAGCAGCAGCAGGAGGAGGUCAUGUUGAAGUGUCAAGUCACGGAGGGGAAAGGAGGACACGAGCUGGAGAGAAAAGGAAGGGGAAAGAACUUUAGCAUAUGUAGUGAUUAUAAAAGGAGGAGACGGAGCAGGGGAAGUUUUCAGUUUGAGGGGUAUUCAAGGCCAGCACAGUGCUGCGAUGAGUCUCACAUACCAAAAGUGCCUCAGCUGGGAAGGUAACCAAUGAGAAAAGGAAACUGGCAAACCAGGACUGAAUGUUGUUUUUUGUCCCUCCGUUGAAAUAACCAGUGUAGAGAUAAUCCUGGCUGCCACAUUAAAGAAAUUCUCAACAGGACUAAGUGAUUGUGUUGAGGCAGAACCUGUCUGACUGCCAGUUACUGUUACUGUUACUGCCACGUCAAUCACCCCUGAACAGUAAAGGAGACACUCAGGCAGUAGUUUCUUUCCAAGUAUGACAUCUUCAGAGAUUUUGCAACCUUAGGUCAGCGUUUGAGGCCCUGGCCUUUUGUCUUGGUCCACUCUGGUCCACCCUUAAGGCAUUUUCAGGGUUUUUAAGGAGCCACCCAGUGUACAUUUUACGAAUAAUCUAUGUCUAACCACGCAUAAUUGAAUCUCGCAGAGUUAGAAUUUGCCUGACAACGCUGUCCGUUUGUACAGUAAAGUCAGUAUAAACCAACUAUGGUAACACAGUCUCAUUGACCAGAACUAGUAUUGUUUUCGAAGUUAUGGCACUUAGUGUUGCAUUUGGCUCAGCUCUAUUUCUGGAAAUGGCUUUUGUUGCCAGGCAACAUAUAGUUACAGGAUGUCUGUGACUGCGUAUACAGUGCGUCUCAUUGACAGACCUGUUUUACUGUAUGACUCUGAUCUGUCUGUGUCAGGCAGAGUCCUGGGUGUAUGAAUUCAAUGCUACAGGAAUAAAUUAAUCUGACAUUUCCAAUAACUGUGUUGGCUAUAACAGAGGUGAUUAUUUGAAGAUGUUGAUUUUUUUUUGUAAUGAAAAUGAUGAAAAUUCAAUUAUAUGGUGAAAAGAUUAUGUUGUACAAACCGAAAUUCUAACCCUAACCUUGGGUGUACGUAAUAGCACCGUAUAAAUAUGAAUCUAUGAAUGAAUUGUGUGUUUUAAGUUAUAACUCCUGAAUUAGGUGUUUACAAAACCACUGAUAAUCAACCUCUAUCUCCUUAUGUCCUGUGCUCAUGUAACAGUACUUCAUUUGGGCUGUGGGGGUUUGGAAAAAGCAUCAAGAAAUGACUGAAUGUAGUGCAGUAAAAUCACUAAGUUGAGAAGUGUGUCUGAAUUGUAAAGGAUUUAUUCAGAAAGUAACCCUCUGUAUGACACGACUGAUGUUUUGUGUCUGAAACUACUUAAUUUUCUUGGGAUGAAGCGGGUAUAAUUAAUGACUUUAUUAUUUUAAUUACCAAUUUGUGAUUCCUUUAUAAAAGAAAAAUGUUUCCCUUA